UGCUGAGCGUGCCACGCCAAGGGUUCGGGGAGGAGCGAGCGGAAGCGCAGUUGUAAGAAAACGAGGUCGGUCUCCGGGUCCGCUUGCAGCCACGCCGCUUCCAGUCAGCCUGAGGGAAGCUCUUCCGCCUCGCUUCCAAGCCUUGCCGUUCUUUGCCCUCCUGUCACCGCUUUCACCUUCGAGAGGAACCUCUCACCUCACCUCACACUACAACAACAAAAAGAAGAAGGGUUUCAUUGAGAAGAUGUCUUGCAAGGGACUUCUUGGAUUUGGACAACAGCUGUUUCGCCGGAAAGUGGUAGACUGCACAAGAGAAGAGAGCCGGCUCUCACGGUGCCUCAACACCUUUGACUUGGUGGCUCUUGGUGUUGGCAGUACACUUGGGGCAGGAGUUUACGUUCUUGCUGGGGCAGUUGCUCGAGAAAACUCAGGACCUGCCAUUGUCAUCUCCUUUCUGAUUGCUGCACUGGCCUCUGUGCUGGCUGGACUUUGCUAUGGGGAAUUUGGUGCUAGAGUUCCAAAGACAGGAUCGGCGUAUCUCUAUAGUUAUGUAACUGUUGGUGAGCUUUGGGCAUUCAUCACUGGCUGGAACCUGAUUCUUUCCUAUGUCAUUGGAACAUCAAGUGUCGCGAGAGCAUGGAGUGCAACGUUUGAUGAACUAAUCGGCAGGCAUAUCGAGAAGUUCUUUCAACAGUACAUGUCUAUGAAUGCUCCUGGCGUGCUGGCAAAAUACCCAGAUGUCUUUUCUGUUGUCAUUAUCCUAAUAUUGACAGGACUUCUAACGUUUGGUGUGAAAGAAUCUGCAGUAGUUAACAAAGUGUUCACCUGCAUCAACGUUCUUGUCUUGGGCUUUGUGAUGGUGUCAGGUUUUGUGAAGGGAUCCAUAAAAAAUUGGCAGCAACCAGAAAAUAUCUCACUUCAAUACAAUGGCACACAGGAACAGUAUGGUGUUGGUGGGUUUAUGCCCUUUGGCUUCUCUGGAGUCCUCUCAGGAGCAGCAACAUGCUUUUAUGCAUUUGUAGGAUUUGACUGCAUUGCCACCACAGGUGAGGAAGUAAAAAAUCCACAGAAAGCCAUUCCAAUAGGGAUUGUGGCAUCACUUCUGAUCUGCUUUGUUGCAUACUUUGGCGUAUCGGCUGCUCUUACUCUUAUGAUGCCUUACUACCUGCUGGACAAAAAUAGCCCAUUGCCAGUUGCUUUUAAGCAUGUGGGGUGGGAAGGUGCAAACUAUGCAGUGGCUGUUGGCUCUCUUUGCGCCCUUUCUACAAGUCUACUUGGAUCCAUGUUUCCAAUGCCACGAGUUAUUUAUGCAAUGGCGGAAGAUGGGCUGCUCUUCAGGUUUUUGGCUCGUGUUAAUGAGAGGACAAAGACUCCAAUGAUAGCAACAAUAACUUCAGGUGCUGUUGCAGCUGUUAUGGCUUUUCUCUUGGAUCUCAAGGAUCUUGUGGAUCUGAUGUCCAUUGGAACACUCCUGGCUUACUCCUUGGUGGCUGCCUGUGUGUUAGUAUUGAGGUAUCAGCCUGAACAGCCUAACUUGGCAUACCAGAUGGCUAGUACAAAUGAUGAAGUAGAUAAUAACGAAUCUGUCAGCACAAGUGAAUCUCAGACUGGGUUUCUACCUGAAGAAGAGGAGAAGUAUUCCUUAAAAGCUGUUGUCUUCCCUCAAAAUACUGAUCCUUCCAAACUCUCCGGGUUUAUAGUGAAUGUUUCUUCCUGCAUUAUAGGUUUUCUUAUCGUCACCUUCUGCAGCUUGACUGUCCUUGGCAAAGACGCUUUGAUAAGUGGCAGAACGUGGGCUAUUACCCUCCUUGUUAUAGUUUUCCUCCUUUGCUUAAUUUGCACAGUGGUUAUUUGGAGACAACCUGAAAGCAAAACCAAGCUCUCAUUUAAGGUCCCAUUUCUUCCUGUCCUUCCGAUACUGAGCAUCUUUGUGAAUGUAUAUCUUAUGAUGCAACUGGACGGUGGCACCUGGAUACGUUUUGCCAUCUGGAUGUUAUUAGGUAUGGUAAUUUAUUUUUGUUAUGGCAUAUGGCAUAGUGUGGAAGCAUCUUACUCAGCACCAACAGAUGCAGAACGAAGUACAGAGAACAACAUGGACAAUUGUAAAUGAUUGAUUGCCUUAUUACGCUGAAAGACAGUUGAGCUUCACUACAGAGAAGGGGCGCUUUUUUGUCUGAGACACUGAACUAAUUUUAUUUUUGUGGAACAUCUGGUGGCGCUCCCAUGUCCCCCCCACUGCCCAUAGCAGCUUGCGUUUACCUCGGUGGGACAGCUCCAAAAGAUCACAAGGAAACAGCCAAUCCUCUGACAUACGCCUAACAAAUACUGUUACCUGAUGCCGGCAGCUCUCUUCUUUCCACCGCACCAUCCUUUAUCAUAUAUGUGUGUGUUGGGAAAAACUGUUUCUCUGUAUGCCAGAUCACCUCCAGUGCUGCUAUGAGACCAAGUCUUUUGGAGAACCUGCAAAAUAACUUCCUGGGUACUGUACUUGGAAUUUAAAGGGAGCAAACUCUGCAUCGUCUGUCUGCAAAGUCACCCACCUGGCACCACCAAAAGUCAAGAUGUCCUUGCUCAAAAAGAAA